UCUUAUUGAUCACCACUCAAUAAAUAUUAUAGUACACAGUAAGUGGUUUAAGAAUAUAUAUAUAUAUAAAAUGACAGAAUCUCUUGAACCCCAACAUCAUCAGCAGCAAGAACCAAAACAGCAAACAACAACCAUCAUGAACCCCAAACCACAGCAAAAAAGACUUUGUGAUUACUGUAAUGACACCACAGCUCUCCUGUAUUGCAGAGCUGACUCAGCUAAGCUUUGUCUCUCUUGUGACCAUGAAGUUCACUCAACAAACCAGCUCUUCUCCAAGCACACUCGCUCACUCCUCUGUGAUGUUUGUCACACAUCCCCUGUCUCAAUCUUCUGUGAAACAGAGCACUCUGUUUUUUGCCAAAACUGUGACUUGGAAAGACACAAUCUUUCUUCGUUUCCUUCAACACACAAUCGUAGGCCGAUUGAGGGUUUUACUGGGUGUCCUUCAGGGAAUGAAUUGAUGGAAAUUUUGGGGUUUGAAGAUAUGGGUCUUAAGCAGUCUAUGCUUUUUAGUGAAGAAACGGAUGGGUUUAUGGGGUCUGGACUUGAUGAUGGCUAUUCGGAUUUGUUCGUUUGGGAUAGCACUGCUGUUAGCAUUGAUGAUUUCAUUAUGUCCAGUGAUUCGGGCCCAAAUCUCCAGGCUUUAGGAGUACCUCCUUUGCCUAAGGAAAAUGGUGAAGCUGCAAAUCAAGUUUCUUUUCCUUCGACAUUACCAGGAAGCAACUUUGAGGAAAGUCGCGCAGUUCCUGAAAAAGAGUUCAACAUCAGUGACAGUGCAAGUCACAUAAAUGAUGGCCAUGAAGCAGAGCCACAACCUUCUACAAUUGGAACAUUACCAGUUCUCCCAAAUGAUGGGACACAUGAAUUAAGCAGCCAGGAGAGAGAUUCUGCUAUUUCACGAUACAAGGAGAAGAAGCAAACAAGGAGGUACGAUAAACGUAUCAGGUACGAAUCCCGCAAGGUUCGGGCAGAUAGCAGAACAAGAAUCAAGGGGCGUUUCGCUAAGCUGGAUCAUUGAAAGUGGUAAGCAGUUGUUUUGGCUGUUACUGUUGACAAUUUCUGGAAAAGUUUUGAAAUUGUUUGUCAAAGUAAUCUCUGUACGCAUCGGCUGGCUACACAAUAUCACUCAGAAAAUAUCAAGUUCACAUGUCUGUCUCAGAGCAUGCUACUUGCAACAUCUGGUUAAAGCAGAGCAAAUUAGCACGACUGAUGUUUUGAUGGUGGCUAUACAUUUACCCGCCAUGACUUCUUUAUUGUGAACCAGCAGGUCAGGUAUCAGGUGUAGCUCAGGAGACGGAACAUCACAAGAAUUACUGGAUAUUUUUCUAGGAUAGAUUGCUGAGUUAUAGCAUAUACCGCAAUGUGUGUCAUUGUUUCUUAUGUUAGGGUAUAUUAUACAAAAUAUCAGUUCUCUAUCUAGUGUAAUGUUUCACUCUGUUUAUUGCUGCCUCAAACUUAAAAUGACUCUUGUAUAUAUUCAGCAAAAUGUAAUAUAAAAUAGGUUUUUUUCU